AUACAAUGCGAGCUCUGAAACAAUAAAGAACUUACCCAUUGACAGUAGACAUGAGAAAGGAUAGACAUGGCCAUGGAACAAAUAUGUGGAACUCCAUUUUGGAAUUCCAGUGUUUCCUGGGAUGUCUCGAAGCCUCAUUUUAGUCAAUGUUUUCAAAAUCUAGCCCUGGUCCUUGGCUCAUGUGCGGUUCUGUGGAUAGUGACUCCUUUUGAAUUGCCAAGGAUAUGCCGAACACAUAAAACACCAACACCAUGGACACGACUUGCUAUAUGUAAAAUGGCAUUAAAAUGGAUCCUUCUGAUUAUAACCUCAAUCGAUGUAUCGAAAGCUGUAUAUAUAUACGUAAAUAAUCCGAAGAGUGGACUGGAUGGAAUAAUAGCGUCUAUAUCAUAUUUAAUUACCAUAAUAAUGACAAUAAUCAUUACUUUAAUGUGCAAAAGACGAGGGUUGAGAGUUUCUCUGGCUUUACCAUCAUUCUGGAUGACAUCUACAUUAGCUACUCUUAUCAGCAUUUAUAGUGAUGUUCUGGAUUUUGAAAAGGACGAUUGGACUACAAUAUUAAGUGUAAUUGAUGAUGGCCUUGUGUUUUUUAUUUCAAUUAUUCAACUUAUUUUAUCAACAAUGGCGGACCGGCCAGCACCAGCGGUAGCUAGAGCUCCAAAGGACCAGUGCCCUCUGGAAGGUGCUUCAUUACCAUCACGUUUGACCUUCAGUUGGCUUCUAAGCCUCCUGAAAAGAAGUGUUCAAAAUAGUUUGCACCAAGAUUAUUUGUUACCUUUAUGUUCAGAUCUGAAGAGUUCGAAAGUGGUAAAAUUGUUUCAUGAAUUUUGUUUAUCAAGAAAGCCACCAUGUUUGGAAGAUGAAGCAACAGAAAACCUUUUGGAUGAGAGAUCCGAAUCUCAGGAUGGAAAUAGAAGAAAUUUCGGUUAUGUUUAUCCUAAUGGAAAGUCUUUAUUUACAAUCCUAUUAAGAAUCUCUAAAAAGUUCCUGACUCUUGCUUCAAUUUUGGAAGUAGUCUACACUCUCUUCUACUUUCUGCCAGUGUGCAUUCUGAGUCUUCUUCUAGAUAACGAGAAAGAAAGACAGGAAUGGCACAAUUAUCUCUAUGCUUCAGCUCUUUUCAUUACAUUGGUUUUUUCCUCUUUCGCCGACUCGCAGAGAAAAUAUUAUGGACUAAUGGGUGCUUUAAGAAUCAAAACUGCUGUAAUGAAUGCCGUCUUUCAAAAGGCUCUUAAAGUCUCCGAGCAAUCAGAAAACAUCAAGCAACUUCUCACAACCGACUCCGAUAAUGUUUUCCAAAUGAUUUGCGUAAUGACUGAAGUAUGGGGAGCUCCAAUUCGUUUUCUUGCUGGAAUUUAUAUUUUCUGGUACUAUCUUGGUGCCGCUUGCUUUGUUGGAAUAGCUAGUGCUAUGAUUCUUAUCCCCAUGAAUGUUAUAGUGGAGCAGGGUGCAAGCUAUUUUCAGAGCAAAGGAAUGAGUAAAAAAAGUCAAAGAAUAAGCAUUCUCACUGAGUUCCUGCAAGGAAUCAAAGUGCUAAAAUUUUAUGCCUGGGAGGAAUACUUCUGCGAGAACAUCAUGUCCGUUCGUAAAUCAGAAAUAUCCGAAAUAAGAAAAGCUGAAUUCUUAAGAAUGGCUUUCAGGUUUCUUUUUCUUUCAGCAUUUUCUGUGGUCUCAUUGAUAACUUUCAGUGCCUACAUCCUAAUGGGAAAUUCUAUGGAUGUGAAAACAGUAUUUGUUUCAUUUUAUCUGAUAUGGUUGAUGAGAACACCUUUUAGAAAUAUUCUUCAUCUUCUUGCUCAUUUUAUUCAGGGGUUAUCAUCAACAAAAAGAAUUCAGCGUUUCUUGGAAACAUCCGAGCUUUCCAAUAUUUCCGUCGAUGAAGAUACUCAAGGAAAUAGCAUCCUACUGACCAACGCUUCUUUUUCUUGGGAGGGAAUGGACAUUCCCUGUCUCAAGUACCUAAAUCUGCGCAUUCCGAAAGGUUCUUUGAUUGCAGUCGUGGGCGAAACAAGGAGUGGUAAAUCGUCUUUAUUGCGAGCUCUAUUAGGUGAAAUGCACAAAACAGAUGGGAUGGCUUGUGUUAAUGGGGAAAUAUCAUAUGUUGGAGAAGAACCUUGGAUUCAGAAUGCCACAGUUGAGAAAAAUAUUUUAUUUUUGAAAUCUAAGGAUGAAAAAUUGUACCGGAAAACAUUAGAAGCCUGUGCAUUGCUCCCAGAUAUUGAUAAUUUGCCAGCAGGAGAAGAAACUGAGAUUGGACAAAAGGGUAUUCAUCUGUCUCAAAAUCAGAAACUGAAAGUAGAACUUGCUCGUGCAGUGUACCAGAAUGCGGAUGUCUACCUCCUUGAUAAUCCUCUCAGAAACUUAGACGCAUCUUUAGCCGAACAUUUAUGGCAUAGAGUUAUCGGUCGAAGUGGUCUCCUAAAAUUAAAGACUAGAAUUCUUACCACAGCGCGAGAAGAAUUUUUACCUCUCGUAGAUUUCAUUUUGGUAAUGAAGGAUGGACGCAUCGUGGAGCAGGGAACAUACGCUCAACUAAAGGAGAAGCAGGGCCAUUUUGUUGAAUACCAAUCCAUUAGUACAACUACGAAAGAUUUCCACCACUCAGAGAAAGAAGGAGAUACAGAAUUGUUUCAUAAUAAAUUUGGGAAACAGAGCGAUUUAUGGUAUUCGACAACGGUCUCCCCAGCAAAAAUUGAGCCAGAACAUUUGGUGACAGAUGAAAUAACUGUUUAUUCGAAGGGCUUUUUCUAUAAAAUUACAGAUUUUCUCAAAACGAUAGGGUUUUCUUUGGCUACAGUCUCAAUUUUGAUUGCUGGAUUAGCUUGUGCUUGUGAAGUGGCUAGUGGUGUCUGGCUGAGUGAAUGGACAGAUCGUCACGAUGGAACAAAAAGUUCUACAGAUAGUCUUCUUAUAUAUACUGGGUUUAUUUGUUUUCAGAUUUUUCUCACCAUCAUUUGUGGAUUGAUAAUUUUUGCAACUUCAACGACAGCAUCAGACAAACUCCAUACUUGGUUGCUUACCAGAAUUGUGAGGGCUUCACAAACAGCUUUAGAGAUGAAACCAAUUCAAAAAAUCAUUCACAGUUUCGAUGCUGAUUUCCACUAUGCAGAUGAGAAGAUUCCUGAAACGUUUUAUGUUUGGCUCAUGGCUAUAUUUAGAGUACCAGCUUUGUUGGUAGUUGUUUUUGUCGUUUCGCCAUUUCUAGCAGUCCUUUGCAUACCACUGAUCUUCGUUUUUAUCGUCAUACAAAAACUUUACUUGCUUACCUGGCAGCAACUGCAGCAUUUAACGACAGCAACAAGUUGUCCUCUUUCGAAUUUAUUAGAAGAUGUUCUGCACGGAAGUUCCCAUAUCCGAGCUACUCAGUCAUUUUCACAUUUUUACGAACGUUUCCAUUUGAAAAUGGACACUCAUAAUAACUGCUGCUUAUUAUUCUUUUUGGUGUCUAGGUGGCUUAGUUGCAGUAUAGAUAUCAUAACAUCUUUCCUGGUGCUUGCGACAACUGUUAUGGCUCUUUAUGAUAGAGAUAAAGGGGAUGGAUUCAUCGGCUUAGUCAUAGUGUAUUCGAUGCAGAUAGCCGAAGCUCUGACGACCUUAGUGUAUAUGAAUUCGAUGCUUAGCAAUGAUUUGAUAGCCUUUGAAAGAAUUAAAUCAUUUUCGCAGCUGAAGCAAGAGUCCGAAUGGGAAGAUCCAGCCAACCGGCCGCUCUCAGCUUGGCCCGAUCCAGGCCAAAUAUCAAUUCAGAAUCUCACUACGGCUUAUGGAGAAGGGUUGCAUCCUGUGCUACAUGAUAUUACAUUGUCUAUAGAGCCAGGAGAAAAGGUAGCUAUAGUUGGAAAGGAAGAAUCCGGAACCUCUACGCUGUUAUACACUCUGUUCCGAUUGAUUGAACCAUUGAAAGGACAAAUUAUCAUUGACAACAUCAAUAUCAGCAAUCUUGGCCUCAAAGAUCUACGUUCAAGUCUUGCCAUCAUACCACAGGAAUCUCUAGUUUUUAGUGGAACUGUUAGACAGAAUCUUGAUCCUAAGCAAAAAUACAAGGAUGAUGAGCUGUGGAGAGCUCUAGAAUUGGCAAAUUUGAAAUCUAGUAUUUCUAACUUGGACUGUGUGAUUGGAGAUUACCUGAGUGCCGAAGAAAAACAUCUUUUCUCUAUCGCUCGGUGUCUCUUGAAAAAACCAAAAAUUGUGAUUAUUGAUGAACUGGAAACUCCAAACUCAAGGCAAAUACAGUUUUUCCCCGAAAGCACAGUUUUGUCAUUCUGCGGAGAACCAUUACCCGAUUUUAAUGGGAGGACUAUUCGACUCAUGAGUGGCGAAGUGAUCGAAGGAGAAUUUUCUUCGGCCUAAAGACAUUACGCAAAAAGAACUGUGAAAUAUUUUAUAUUUUUACAUAACAAUUAUUUAUUUCUCUGUAAAGAACUAUUACACUCAUUUAUAUUUAGGAACUGUUCAUUUUCUCGAUGGUUUUUAUACAUAAGAGCUUUGUUGUAUCAUGAA